AUGAACUCGCUGUCUCACGCCCUGGCCGACUUGAGCAUUGCUCCCCAGCCCGGACUCCCCCAACCCUUCCGCUUCUUUGACCUGCCAUCCGAAUUACGCUUCAAAAUCCUAGGCUUCGUUCUCGUGACAGACCAAAUCGUUGACCUCAACCCCAAAAACUAUGGCGCCGCCCGUCACCGCAUGAAUGUCUUCCUCACCUCCCACCGCCUGCACGAAGAGUCCUACCCCGUCUAUUACGGCGGCCACACCUUCCGUAUCUUCCCCACCAAUCACCGCUUCUUCGGGCAUAAAGUACGACCUCUGGUUGCGAGAUUACCGGCACGAUAUCGCGCAGCCUUGGUGUCUUUGGAAUUGCGGCUGGGUCCAGGCUGGAGUAAUCCGCCUCGGUCGUGGCGGGUGGACGACCGCCUGGGUCUGGAAGAAAUGGAAGCAGUGCGGACUGUGAAGGUCUUUGUGGAGUGCGAUCCGAGUCAUGAUAUUUUCAACGGCUUUAGGAUCGACAGGGACUUUUUUACGGGCUUCUCUGGGAGUCUUCUUGGAGAUGUGCUGCAGUGUCUUCCGUCCGUCGUACGGGUUGAACUGGAUGGGUGGCCGUCUGUGAAAAGAGAGGGCCCGCUUGUAAAGAGGUUGCUUGAAGUGACGAGAAAUGCUGGAGUGAGGGUUCCAGAGGUUGGUGGGAAAGGAGAGGAUGAUGGGGAUCAAGACUUCUCGAUUUGUAGAGCACGGAGAAGACUCAAUUACCCUAGAGAAUUGGAUUGA